GCUUUUGUCCUCCUCUAUCUCAAUCCAUGUCCGGUUAGACUGUCCGCCGAUAUGUACGCAACCAUAUGCGGUCUGUCCAGCGGUCUUCGUGUCGCGGUCAGUUACGCGGCAUCCGUAGGACGGUCUGUGUCGCGGUCUCUCUUGGUUUUUGUGUCGCGGUCUUCCCGCGGCCUUUGUCUCCGGUUUCAGGCUAGCGAUCUCUUGCUCCAAAAUCUCGAGGCCAACGGCCUCGGUGAAAAGGACAAACGCCAGUGGCCUCCGCCUUGCAUCGGUCGACAACCCAAAGCUUCGCUGGUCACCCUACUGGCACAAGUUGCGCCGACAACUUGUGCCAGUAGGGUGACCAGCGAAGCUUUGGGUUGUCUGUAUUCAGGAGUUCCGCAACAAUUGAGACAACAUCUGAGCGAUUGUCACAUUGAGUGCAAUGAAAAUCAAGUGCCGAUUGAAGUGUUGAUUAAAUUGAUGUUUAACAGCACAACAAAAAUCAUACUAGAUAAUAUUAGUGGUUGUGUACGUGUGAAUACAUUGAACGCAUUGAUGGGACCGUCGGGUGCGGGAAAGACAACACUAUUAAAGUGUUUGAACGGCCAGAAUAAUAGAGGUCUUAGCGACGGGUCAAUGAUUUAUUCAAUUAAUAACCGUAACAUUAGAUCUUGUUUUAUAAAAUCAAAUGUUUGGGAACACCUGUUGUCGGGACUGACUGUACGACAGACACUGUUAUACGCGUCGAGACUCAAGAACUCGCGGAUAACGAGUCAAUUAAAUGACAAUAAAAUUGUUUGUGAUUUGAUGUCAGAACUGGUGAUCAGCGAUACGGCAGACAAUAGGGUCGAGACGUGUAGUGGAGGCGAACAAAAACGUAUAGUAAUUGCCUGUGAAUUGACUUCUCAUAUAAAGCCUAAUAUGUUAUGUAUUGACGAACCGACGAGUGGUUUGGAUAGCAAUGCCGCCGAAGUGAUAAUAAAUUGUUUGAGCGAUUUAUUGCAAAGACAUGGGAUGACAAUCAUUGCGUCCAUACAUCAGCCAAACAAUGAUUUGUUUCAUAUGUUUGAUACGGUGUAUGUGUUGGCCAAAGGAGGGGUUUGUCUGUAUUCAGGAGUUCCACACCAUUUGCGACAGCAUCUCAAAGACAACGGCAUUGAAUGUAUUGAAAAUCAUGUGCCGAUUGAAGUGCUGUUAAAAAUUGCAUCAAAAGAGAUAUCAAAUAAAAACAAUAACAAUAUUGAAGAGAAACCAAUAGUUAAUAACAAUGGCGUGAAUUGCGAUCAAAUACUAGUGUCAAACAUGCGGCCAGUGUUUGGUUCGUUGAGUACAUCAAAGCGAUUCAGUUUUGCGGACAUGUAUUACCUGUUGUGCCGAUCACUGAUCCAUACAUUCCGGUGCCAAUGGGUAUCCCUUUUGGUACAAUUUGCCAUGAUGCAAACGGCCGCUUUGCUUAUGGUAUAUAAUUCCAGUUCGGAUAUGACUGAACCCGACGGGUGCGUUGAUAUGGGUGCUGGGUUUGACUCCGUCCAGACUAUUGACCUGAUUAUUUAUUGCAAAGACAUGGGAUGA